AUGUAUAAUCAUGAUGAAUUUAGGAAGGUAAAAUAUGAUUUUCUCAUAACAUUAUUACCUGGUAUUAAGUCUAUGAGAUCGACAUAUCAUGAAAUUCUCAAUGCUCAUAAUAACAUUUUUGGUGAUCUUGGAAAUAACUAAUUACAAAUUUAAUUCACAAAAAAUGUCCAUGACUUUGAGCCUUUUUAAGAUGCUGAUUCAUAUGAUAUUGAUAAUCUCUUUAUAAAUGUUUCCAUGAAUGUCUACGAGAAAAUAAUGUAUGAUUACAAAUUGAUUGUAAUCGUCUUUAUUUUUUGUGAAUAAGAGAAGUUUGAUUGGAAUAAACUUCAUGAAUUGGUCGAAGUAAUAAAGAACAGAUCGUUUAAAAAAUUUAUUUUAAUAGGCAUAAAGGACAUAGGUGAGCCAUAUUAAAAUCUGUUAAAUUAUGAAGUAUUUAAUAAAAAUAUUUUUUAUGAAAUUUCAAUAAAAAGAGAUCAUAAUAAUUAUGAUUAUGUAUCUGACUAAUUGAAGAACAUUUUUUGGGAAAUUCGAGAUAAUUUGAUGGAUCCCAAAGAUAUGAGAAUCAAUUUAUAGUAAGAGUAUUAAGAAAAGGUUAUGAAGAUUAAGGUUUUUGAUGAUUUUUAAAAUAUCAAUGUCAUAUAAUUAGGAGAGGAAUGCAUAAAGAUGUUUUAAUUAUAAGCAGAGCAAAAAAAUAUAAAUUUAACUUUAAAAACUAAUAUAAAACCUUUAUAUAUAUACACUGAUAAAAAUCGAUUGAAAUGGAUAAUUAUUCAUCUUUUAGCAAAUGCGAUGAAAUUCACAAUAGAAGGAAGCAUUUCAAUUAAAAUUACAUAAAGAGGAUUCUUAGUUGAUGUUGGAGUCGAAGAUACUGGAAUUGGAAUGUCGUAAUAAGAUCAAAAUAGCUUCAAUUAGAAAUUAGAUAUAAAGAGGGUUGGAUUAGGACUUGUAAUUAGUGAUAAAAUAGCAUAACAAUUAUCAUCUGAUGGUUAAGGAUUAAAAGUUAUUGCCAGAGAUACUAAACAGAGUUACUUUUAUUUGAUAUUAAAAAUUAAAUAAUUUCAUGCAAAAAUAAAUUCAUCAAAGUUAUAAUAAGUUGAGAUUACAGAAAACGAAUCUCCUUUGUUUGAUAAACAUAUUUAAUUAUCAUAAUUUAGAAUGACUUUUAAUCACGAUCAAAAUUCUUUUGCUGAUGAUUAAAAGUUGAUCGAUAAAAUUAAUUGCCAACAUAUUUUGAUUGUUGAUGCUAACGUAUUUAAUUAAAACAGUUUAGAAAGGCAAAUACAAUAAUUGUAAAUUUAUUUAUAUCUAUUUUAGUACAAAAACUUAAAUUGAUAAAAAUAAUAGUGGUAUAGAAGCCAUAGAAUCUGUGAAAUCAAAGAAGUGCAAUCAAAAUUGUUAAGGAUAUAAUACUGUUUUCAUGGAUAUGGAAAUGCCUGGUCUAGAUGGAUUAUAGGCAUCUGCUUAAAUUUUAUAAUUUAAUGCAAAAAUCAAAAUAUUUAUAGUUUCUGGUUAUGAAAAAUCUCAAUUCGAUGAAGAAAGUAAAAAAAUUGGAAUUCAAGAAUUUCUAGUAAAACCAAUCUCUAAAGAUGUCAUCUAAAGGGUAAUUUUAGAGAAUAAUUUAUGA